CGCCCGUCCCUCCCCGGGGGGAGCGGGGCUAUCUGGGCCGGGCAGCGCCGCUGGCCCCCGGCAGGAAUGUCCCUGCGCGCCCAGAUAAUGUUAUUUAUAUCGCAGCGCAGGGCGGCUCCGCUCCCCGCGCCCCGCUCCGGCCCCCGGCCCGCCGCCGCCGCGCCGCGCCGCCGCCGCCGCCUCCGCUCGCCCGCCGCCCCGCGCAGCAGGGGCCCGCUCCCAGUAGCUGAAGGACACCUGGCCAGGGGAUACCAGGAACAUGACCUCAGAAAAUGACUAUGACCACCUGGAGAUCCAGCAGCAGUACAGCCGCAUCAAUGUCCGCUGGGACGCCUCCGACGAUGAGCUCGAUAACGACAACAGCUCGGCCCGGCUCUUCGAGCGCUCCCGCAUCAAAGCCCUGGCAGACGAGCGGGAGGCCGUGCAGAAGAAAACCUUCACCAAGUGGGUGAACUCCCACUUGGCUCGUGUGACGUGCCGCAUCUCUGACCUCUACAUGGACCUCCGAGACGGACGGGUGCUCAUUAAACUGCUGGAGGUGCUUUCGGGAGAGCUCCUGCCCAAACCCACCAAGGGCCGGAUGCGGAUCCACUGCCUGGAGAAUGUGGACAAGGCGCUGCAGUUCCUGAAGGAGCAGCGGGUGCACCUGGAGAACAUGGGCUCCCAUGACAUCGUGGACGGCAACCACCGCCUCGUCCUAGGCCUCAUCUGGACCAUCAUCUUGCGCUUCCAGAUCCAGGACAUCAUCGUGCAGACGCAGGAAGGCCGGGAGACACGCUCCGCCAGGGACGCGCUGCUGCUCUGGUGCCAGAUGAAGACGUCAGGGUACCCCCACGUGAACGUCACCAACUUCACCUCAAGCUGGAAGGACGGGCUGGCGUUCAAUGCCCUCAUUCACAAGCACAGGCCUGAGCUGGUUGACUUCCACAACCUGACCAAAUCCAACGCCCGGCACAACCUGGAGCAUGCGUUCAGUGUGGCGGAGAGGCACCUGGGCAUCACCCCACUCCUCGACCCUGAAGACGUGUUCACAGAGAACCCUGACGAGAAGUCCAUCAUCACCUAUGUGGUGGCCUUCUAUCACUACUUCUCCAAGAUGAAGGUGCUGGAAGUGGAGGGCAGACGUCUGGGCAAGCCUCCACCACAGGUGAUUGAGCACGCCAAAGAGACAGAGCGGAUGAUUGAGGGCUACAGUGGGCUGGCUUCCGACCUGCUCACCUGGAUCGAGCAGACCAUCGCCUCCCUCAACAGCCGCAGCUUCGCCAACUCCCUGGCCGGGGUGCAGCACCAGCUCCAAGCCUUCAGCACCUACCGCACUGUGGAGAAACCCCCCAAGUUUCAGGAGAAGGGCAACCUGGAGGUGCUACUCUUCACCAUCCAGUCGCGGAUGCGGGCCAACAACCAGCGCGUCUACACCCCACAUGAGGGCCGGCUGGUCUCCGACAUCAACAGGGCCUGGGAGCAGCUGGAGAAAGCAGAGCAUGAGCGGGAGCUGGCGCUGCGCAACGAGCUCAUCCGGCAGGAGAAGCUGGAGCAGCUGGCACGGCGCUUCGACCGCAAGGCGGCCAUGCGGGAGGCCUGGCUGAGUGAGAACCAGCGCCUGGUGGCACAGGAUAAUUUUGGCCAAGACCUGCCAGCAGUGGAAGCAGCUAAGAAGAAGCACGAGGCCAUCGAGACAGACACGGCUGCCUACAAGGAGCGUGUGCAAGCCAUUGAGGCGGUGGCGAAGGAGCUGGAGGCGGAGAACUACCACGACAUCAAGCGCAUCAACGGCCGCAAGGACAACAUCCUGCGGCUCUGGCAAUACCUCCUGGAGCUGCUGCACGCCCGGCGCCAGCGCCUCGAGAUGAACCUCACCCUGCAGUACCUCUUCCAGGAGAUGCUGCACAGCAUCGACUGGAUGGAUGAGAUCAAGGCACAGCUGGCAUCACCUGAAUUUGGGAAGCACCUGCUGGAGGUAGAAGACCUGCUGCAGAAGCACCGGCUGCUGGAGGGUGACAUGGCCAUGCAGGAGGAGAAGGUGCGGGCUGUGAGCGACGCUGCCCUCCGUUUCACUGACACUGAUGGGUACCGGCCCUGCGACCCCAAAGUCAUCCGGGACCGUGUGCACCACCUGGAGAUGUGCCAGCAGGAGCUGCAGGGACUGGCAGCCCAGAGGAAGGCUAGCCUGGAGCAGUCCAAGUGCCUGUGGAAAUGCUUUUGGGAGCUGGAUGAGGCAGAGGGCUGGAUCAAGGAGAAGGAGCAGAUCUACUCCUCCCUGGACUAUGGCAAGGACCUCACUGGUGUCCUCCUCCUGCAGCGCAAGCACGCAGCCUUUGAGGCCGAGCUGCGGGGCCGGGGCAGCCAGCUGGAGCAGACACUGGCAGCGGGCGAGCGCUUGGCGGCUGCAGGGCACACUGAGGCAGCCCGGCUGCGGGGCCGCAUGGCGGAGGUGCAGGCACUCUGGGCCCAGCUGCAGGAGCUGGCUGCUUUCCGCCAGAGGAGCCUGCGGGACGCCGAGAGCUUCUUCCAGUUCCAGGUGGAUGCGGAUGAGCUGAAGACUUGGCUGCAGGAUGCCCAGCGCCUGGCAGGCAGCGAGGAGCUCGGCCACGAUGAAUCCUCCACCCAGGCACUGGUGAAGAAGCACCAGGAGCUGCUGGAGGAGAUGGCCAGCGCUGAGCAGCUUCUCAGCAGCCUGGGCCAGCAAGUUGAGGACUUCCCCACUGAGCUGUGUGCCGACCCUGAAGCCCAGAGCCGGCUGACAGCCCUGCGGGCGCUCUACAGCGAGGUGGCGAGCCUGGCCGAGCUGCGGCGCCGAAAGCUGCGGGACAGUCUGGACCUUUACACCAUCUUCAGCGAGACUGAUGCUUGCUGGCUCUGGAUGAGUGCAAAGGAGACGUGGCUGGAGCAGAUGGAGAUCCCCAACACACUGGAAGACCUGGAUGUGGUCCAGCACAGGUUUGACAGCCUGGAGCAGGAGAUGAGCAGCCUGGCCUCCCAAAUUGAUGGCAUCAACCGGGCAGCCAACAGCCUGAUCGAGAGCGGGCACCCGCGCAGCCCCCACGUCCGGCAGCGUCAGGAGCAGCUCAACACCAGAUGGGGCAGGUUUCGGGAGCUGGUGGCACAGCGACGGAAAGCAGUGGACUCAGCGUUGAGCCUGCUCAACUACUGUGUGGACUGCGAGGAGACCCGCAAGUGGAUCCUGAGCAAGACCCUCAUGGUGGAGUCCACACAGGACAUGGGUCGGGACCUGGCCAGCAUGCUGGCCAUCCAGCGCAAGCUGUACGGCAUUGAGCGUGAGCUGGCCACCGUCGAGAGCCGCCUGGGUGCCCUGCGGCCCCAAGCCAAGCGCCUGGCCGAGGAUCACCCAGACCUGGCAGCAGAUGUCCAGGAGCGCCUGGGGGCCGUGACAGCCGCUUGGGAUGAGCUGCAGGGCGCCCUGCAAAGCCAGGCGACCUCGCUGGGUGAAGCUGGCAAGCUGCAGCGCUUCCUGCAAGAUCUUGACGACUUCCAGGCCUGGCUCUUCGGGGCACAGAAAGCUGUUGCCUCAGAUGAGGUGCCAGCAUCACUGGCCGAAGCCGAGCAGCUCCUCCAGCAGCACAUGGCCACACAGCAGGACAUCGAGCAGCAUGAGGCUGCCUACCACAACGUGAAGGAGAUGGGCAAGCGGGUGACACAGGGCCAGGCGGACCCCGAGUAUGAGCAGCUCCGGCAGCGCCUGGAGGGCAUGGACACAGGCUGGGGCGCCCUGCGCAAGAUGUGGGACACCCGGCACCACUUCCUCACUCAGUGCCUCGGCUUCCAGGAGUUUCUCCGCGAUGCUAAGCAGGCUGAGGUCCUCCUCAGCAACCAGGAGUACACGCUGGCUCACCUUGAGCUGCCCAACACACUGGAGGGCUCAGCUGCUGCCCUGCGGAGGUUUGAGGACUUCCGCGCCAGCAUGGAGAGCAGUGAAGAGAAGAUCCCCAGCAUGGUGGCAAGCGGCACCAAGCUGGUGGCUGAUGGCAACAUCUUCUCCGAGAAGAUCACAGAGAAGUGUCAGAGCCUGCAGGAAAGGCACAGGGUGAACGUAACCAAGGCGCAGGAGGUGGCGGGUUUGCUGCAGGACAACCACGAGUUGCAGACCUUCCUUCAAAACUGGCAGGAGCUCACCCUGUGGAUCAACGAAAAGAUGCUGACAGCACAGGACAAGUCCUGUGGCAUGGCCCGGAGCCUCCACAGCAAGUGGCUGAAGCACCAGGAGUUCAUGGCAGAGCUGGCUGCCAACCAGGGCUGGCUGGAGAAGGUUGACAUGGAAGGGAAGGAGCUGGCAGGCCGGAAGCUGCAGUACGGGGCGCUGGUGUCGCAGCGCCUGAGCGAGCUGCAUGUGCUGUGGGACCAACUGCGAGCUGCCACUGAGGAGAAAGCCCAGCAGCUCUUUGAGGUCAAUCGCUCAGAGCUGUAUGCCCAGAGCUACAGCGACCUGGACCGUUGGCUUGGCAAGAUGGAGGAAGAGUUGCAUGCUGCCGAGCAGGCCAAGGACCUCACCAGCACCAAUCUGCUGCUGAAGAGUCUGACAAGACUGGAGGAGCAAGUCAGAGCACGAAAGAAGGAGAUGGAGGAGCUGGUGUCGCAGGGUGCCCCGCUUGGAGGGGCCACACAGGAGGCAGACAGCCAGGAGAAGAAACUCCAGCAGCGAUUCCUUGACCUGCUGGAGCUCCUGGAGAGGAAGAGGAAGAAGCUGAAGUCAUUCAAAGCAAUGUACCAGCUCAGACGGGAUCUGGAGGAUGAGACGCUCUGGGUGCAGGAGAGGCUGCCCCGGGCAAGAUCCACGGACCACGGCACCGACCUCCAAACUGUGCAGCGCCUCAUGAAGAGGAACCAGACCCUGCAGAAGGAGCUGGCAGGCCAUGCCCCACGUGUGGCCGAGGUGCUGAGCCGGGGUGACGCUGUGGUGGCAGAGGCCAAUGGGCAGUGCCCGGAGCUGGAAGCACAGGUGCGGGAGCUGCGGGGGCUGUGGGACACCCUGCAAACAGAAACCAGUGACCGCCUCCGGCGCCUGCACGAGGCCAACGAGGCCCAGCAGUACUACCUGGAUGCUGGCGAAGCUGAGGCCUGGAUCAGUGAGCAGGAGCUUUACAUGGUAGCAGAUGAGAAGCCUAAGGACGAAGAGAGUGGCUUGGUGAUGCUGAAAAGACAUGUCCGGCAGCAGCGAUCCACUGAGGACUACGGCCAAAACAUCAAGGAGUUGGCAGGAAGAGCUCAGCAGCUGCUCUCCGCUGGCCAUCCUGAGGGGGAGCAGAUCAUCCGGCUGCAGGGCCAGAUGGACAAGCACUAUGCGGGGCUGAAGGAGGCGGCCGAGGAGCGCCGGCGGAGGCUGGAGAACAUGUGCCACCUCUUCCAGUUGAAGCGCGAGGUGGAGGACCUGGAGCAGUGGAUCGCCGAGCGUGAUGUGGUGGCCUCCUCCCAGGAGAUGGGGCAGGACUUUGACCAUGCCACACUGCUGCGGGAGAAGUUUCGUGAGUUUGCAUGGGAGACGGGCAGCGUGGGGCAGGAGCGCGUGGACCGGGUGAACUUGACCAUUGAGGACCUCAUCGAUGCGGGGCACACGGAGGCCGCCACCAUGGCCGAGUGGAAGGAUGGGCUGAACGAGAGCUGGGCUGACCUCCUGGAGCUCAUUGACACACGCAGGCAGCUCCUCACCGCCUCCCACGACCUGCACAAGUACUUCUACGAUGCUGCUGAGAUCCUUGCCCUCAUCGCAGACAAGCAGAAGGAGCUGCCCCAGGACCUGGGCUGUGACACCAGCACGGCCGAGGCUUUCCAUCGCAUGCACACUGCCUUUGAGCGGGACAUCCAGCUGCUGGAGGCACAGGUGCAGCAGUUUCGAGAGGUGGCGGCACGCCUGCAGACAGCAUAUGCUGGGGAGAAGGCCGACAGUAUCCACCAGCAGGAGCAGGAGGUGGUAAGGGCCCUGCGGGCGCUGCUGGAAGCAUGCAGUGGGCGGCGUGCCCAGCUCCUGGACACGGCCGAGAAAUUUCGCUUCUUCAGCAUGGUGCGGGACCUCCUUUCCUGGAUUGAGAGCAUCGUCCAGCAGAUUGAGACGCAGGAGAAGCCCAGGGACGUCUCAUCUGUGGAGCUGCUCAUGAAGUACCACCAGGGCAUCAAGGCAGAGAUCGACACACGAGAUAAGAGCUUCACCACCUGCAUCGACUUGGGCAAGAAGCUGCUGCAACACAAGCACCAUGAGGCGCCUGAGAUCAAGGCAAAGCUAGUGGAGCUGGUGGAGAAGAGGAGGGCCAUGGUGGAGACGUGGGACAGACGCUGGGACUGGCUGCGCCUGCUGCUGGAGGUGUGCCAGUUCUCCAGGGAUGCCUCAGUGGCCGAGGCCUGGCUCAUCGCAAAGGAACCCUACCUGGCCAGUGGUGAUUACGGGCACACGGUGGACAGCGUGGAGAAACUGCUGAAGAGGCACGAGGCCUUUGAGAAGUCCACGGCUACCUGGGAGGAGCGUUUCGCUGCCCUGAGGAAGCUGACAACGCUCGAGCUCCUGGGCAAGCGGAAGCUGCAAGAGGAGCCAGAACAGGGCAAGGUGACACGGACCUCAGCUCUCGACUAUGACUUGGAUCUGGAUGCUGAGCUGGAAGCAGGGUCCGAGGAGGAAGAGGAAAAGAAGAAGGGCUUAAUAGUGCAGGAUGCCUCUCUGUCUGCCCCUGACGAACCAGAACCGCCGCUGCAGAGGGAGGUGACAGGCAAGAAGGAGGAGGCAACGCGGCAGGCCGAGGAGGAGCCAGCAGUGCCAGGCUCACAGGCGCCGCGGAGCGAGCUCGAGGAGCCUGCCACGCUGCCGGCCCAGCUGGAGCGCUCCUGCAGCGUCCAGCUCGAGGGCUACCUGGGCCGCAAGCAUGACCUCGAGGCAGCCACCAAAAGGGCUUCCAACAGGUCGUGGAGCACACUGUACUGCGUGCUGCGGGGAGGCGAGCUCGCCUUCUACAAGGACGCCAAGAGCCGGGCGCUGGGGGUGCCCUACCACGGCGAGGAGCCCUUCGGACUGCGCAAUGCCCUCUGUGAGGUGGUCGCUGGCUACAAGAAGAAGAAGCACGUCUUCAAACUGAGGCUCAGCAAUGGCAGCGAGUGGCUCUUCCACGGCAAGGAUGAGGAGGAGAUGCACACGUGGCUGCAGGGUCUCAGCACAGCAAUAAUCGAAUCCCAAAGCAUCAAGACGAAAGCCCAGAGCCUACCCCUGCCCCUCAUCACCGCCGUGGAGCCUGGCCUGACCAGGAAGGACAAAGAGAAACGGUUCAGCUUCUUCCCCAAGAAAAAGUAGCUGCGGGUGAGCCGCGGCCCCCUCCCCCCCCCCCAGCCCCGUGUCGGCAGGGUGCACCCACAUGCCACUGGCACCCAUGCAGCCUGCAGGCCAUGGGUGCCGGUGAGGUGCAGGGGCACCCAGCCCCAAUCUGGGUACAGCAGGGUGCUCCUCGGGCUGAGCCGGGGCGGGGGGGUGGGGGGUGAGCGCGUGUGCACGUGCGCAUGCUUGCUUACACAUGCGUGUAUAUGUACCCCUUUAUGUGCACAGUGGUGCGCAAACCUCUGCGUAUGUCGAUACAAGCCUGUGCACACACACGUAUAUGUACGUUGUGGGGGGGGGGCAGUGCGCACACUUGUGUUUGAGAACACACGUCUGUAUGCACACCUCCAUGCGUAUGGGUCAGCACACCCCUGUACAUGAAUGCCCACAUGUAUACGUACACCCUGUAUGUGAAUGCACACAUGUAUACAUACACCUCCAUGUAUACAGGUGUGUGCACCCUUGUGUGGAAUACAUGCCUGCAUGUGCAUGGACAUGGACAUGCACUUCCAUGCUUACGGCUACGCACACACCUAUGUGUAGGUGAAUACACCCCAGUGUGCACACGUAUGUAUAAGUACACCUCCACGUACAGCUGUGCACCCACAUGUACGUGAAUACAUAUCAGCAGGCACAAUAUGCAUAUCUACGCCUCUGUGCACACGCCUGCGCGUAUGUGAAGACAUACCUGUGUGCACAAGUAUGUAUAGGUACAGCCACGUGUAUAUGCAUACCUGUGUGUGUGUUUGUAUACAUACUCCUCUAGGCAUAUACCUGUGUGUACAUGCAUGUCCGUGCGAUGUAUAUGUAUGUGUGCCUCCAGGCAUACGCACACCGCUGCGCUUACCCCCGUGUGGCUGUGCACCUCAGCGUACAGUUAUGCCCACCUCUCUGCAUGUACACCCGCGUGUGUGCGUACGGCGCUGUACGUGGGCACCGCCUGUGCGCGGGGGUGCACGUACGACGCGCACACCUGCGUGUGCACCCGCGGGUGUGCACCCCCUCCCACACGCAGCGGGGCAGGCACCUGUGGGUUCCCAGCUCUCCCCCGCCACGCCCCCAUUCUCCCCCCUUUCGAAGCCAUAAGCCCCCCGGCUAACGUGCACGCAGAGGCGGCAGCCCCGCGCCAACCCCCCCCCCCGGGCACCAACCAAAGAGCUUUCGCCCGCGGGCUGGAGGGGGGGGGCGUGGGCAUGACCAAGGCUCCAGUGGGGCUGGCGGGCACCACUGACAGCCACCCGCCCCCUACCGGCGUGGCACCGCUUGCCCCAGCCCCUCUCCCACCCCCCAGCACAGCCAGCCUGGGGUGGGGGGAGGGGGUGCCAGGCUCGGCCCCCAGCGCCCACUGCCCUCCCUGGAAAGCGCUUGGGAAACCAGAGAGUAACUUUUGGUUCAGUUCUGUUUUUCUAAUAAAGACAUCAAAGCAAA